CUGAAUUCUGAAUACGUUCUAUCUCGGCGGACAAACUGGGAUUCGAAUACGUAUUCGGUACGGGAUUCGAAAGAACAAAAAGUUCAAAUCUGCGUAAAGAGAGAUAACAAACAAGACAUCAUUUAUCUCCUUCGAGACGAUAAAUGUUUUUUCUUAAAAAGAAGAAACCGUAGAUGAAUUCUGGUGACCGAGUGCAUGCAGCUUUGCCUGACCCUCUCAAUGUGUAGUGAGACUCGGUGCGAGACACAAGCUCACUAGACAAAGCGUGCUGUGACAGUGACUGACAGACUAUAGUGCCCUAAAGCUCGAUACUACAGGAGAGAGAGGAGGAGAGAAAUAAGAAGAAGAGGAAGAAAAAGAAUCACAAGAUAAGCACAAGAAACGAAACACGACCUGGAAAUAGUCUUCGCGAGGCAUCCGGGAAAUGGCAAGGGGAGACGAGUUUCCAAAGGACGAAUAAGAGAAAGACCGAAGGAAAGAGAGAAAAAAGAAGAAGAAAGGGGACAGAAAGAAGAAGAAGAAGAAGAGAAAGAAAGAAGAAGAAAACAAAGAAUAGCUAAAAAAAAAAAAAAAAAAAAAGAGAAAGAUAACAAAACAAGAAGAAAAAAAAUACAUAGCGAAAGCAGAAGAGUAAGAGAAAUCCAACGAAAUAAGAAGGAAAAAGAAAAGAAAGAGAGAAAGGAAGAUCGAAAAGGUGGACCGCCACCCACGUCGCCGCUUCGCCCCAGAUACCAUGAUCAGGUUCAGAUAGGCAAGAAGCCCAGGGAGCGGCCAAGAGGAAGGUAGGAUGGGUUGCGGCGUGAGUCAAGAGGCGCCUCCUGACCUCCACCAGCAGGAGUACUUCAAACCUGCUCCUAAUGGCGUGGGGAGUAUGCCUCCUCAAGCGGCCGACGACCGUACUUUGGUUGUGAUGACCUCCAAAGACACCAUCACUGUGGUGACCUCGCCUUCCCUCGUCAGAUCAGCUCCCUCCCAGCUCGUGGAGGAAGUGCAAGUCAGUGUCAAUGAGGAGGCUACGGACAAGCCCAAGACGGGAGAGGAGGGAGCGUUCGAAUUGCCUGAAGGUGACUUCGAAGAUGGGAUGUUAGGAAUCAGUGGCUUGCUGACCGGGAAGGUGUUCCCUCAGGAGGAGGACUCCAUCCAGGCCUUGAGGACGACCUUGGCCCUCGAGGAGCACUUCUGCGACGAGGAUUUCCCCGCCGACAACUCCACGAUCUUCUUCUCGGAGCGAACCGACGCUGACAUCGCGUGGAGGCGACCCUUCGAGCUAGUCGACGAGCCUCAGCUGUUCAUCGACGGCGCCAGCAGGAGGGACGUCGUCCAGGGCUGCCUCGGAGACUGCUGGUUCCUCUCCUCCUGCGCCGCCGUCGCUAGGAAGUCCAAACUUAUAGAAAGGGUGGUGCCCCCGGAGCAGCCUCUCUUCGGCGACGGCUACACAGGGCUGGUCGUGUGCCACUUCUGGAGGUGUGUCGGGCUGGGAGUGGUGGACCGUGUGGCAUCGAACGACCGAGGCCUCCCCACCAAAGACGGGCGUCUCAUGUUCGCACCGCACGCCGAACACGAGCGUGAGUUCUGGGUGGGGCUCGUCGAGAAGGCGUAUGCGAAACUGCACGGAACCUACGAGGCUCUUGAGGGAGGGCAGAGCAUGGACGCCAUGGUCGACCUCACAGGCGGCCUGGCUGAGAGGUACGACAUGGAGGAUACGGAGAACCUGAAGAAGCUCUAUACUCACCUCCUGAAGAGCUCGAGAAAUGGAGCUUUUAUCACGUGCUCCAGAAAGGGAGACUGGCGCAAUGCCACGAAAGCGGAUGAACACGGAUUAGUAGAAGGUCAUGCGUACACGGUCUCUGGCGUAGCGAGGGUCAAGCACGAGGAACACGGGCCGGUCAACCUUAUCCGGGUGAGGAAUCCGUGGGCCAGCGGCGACGAGUGGAAUGGGAAGUGGUCGGAUACCGACUCCCUCUGGUCAGGCGUGCCCGAGGAGCAGCGGCAGAAACUGGGUGUCAACAGCCUCAGCGACGGAGAAUUCUGGAUGAGUUACGAUGACUUUUGCGAGCAGUUCGAGGAGGUGUCCGUGUGCACCAUCGGCCCUGACUUCGACAACGAUGGCACUGUAGAUCAUGUCGGGCAGGUCAAAGCCAUCAAGGGGGAGUGGGUCAGCGGAGAGACAGCGGGAGGAAGCAGGAAUGACUUCGAGAAAUUCGCGACCAACCCGCAGUUUCUUCUUACCGUCGAGGAACCAGACGACGAUGACGAUGACGGUUGCAGUGUGUUGAUUGGCGUCAUGCAGGAACACCGUCGCUCGAACCGAAGUAUAGGGGUCAAGAUGUUGCAGAUUGCAUUCUUCUUGUACAAGACCGACGACCCAGACAGACGGCUGCCGGUCACCCACUUCUACUACAAUUACGAAGACGGAACUUCAGGCACUUAUAUAAACUUCAGGGAAGUUCUGUUACGCGCGGACUUAGUGCCUGGACAUUACGUAAUCAUCCCUGCUACUUUCCUGCCCGAUUCUCCCGGAUAUUUCAUGGUCAGAGUUUAUUCCCCCAAACCUUUCCAGCUGAAAAACCUCCCCGAUUGAGAUCCGCGCGCAUUUCGCUCUUCUUUUGUUUCCUUUUUCUUUUUCUUUUUCUUUUUUCUUUUUUAUUCAUGUGUGUGCGAUUCUUUUUCUUUUUCUUUUCUUUUCUUUUCUUUUUUUCUUCUUUUUUUUUCCUUUCUUGGUUCCUUUUCCUUCUUCCUCCCUCUCAUAUUCUUUCGUUCUCUGUUUCUCCCGGUUAUUCCGUGUUUAUAAUGUCUAAGAGUGAAGUGAUAUUGUUGAUUAAUGGAACAUUGCAAUAAAAUGGAGGAAAGUUUAACAAAGAUUUUUUUACAUGUCAUUGCAUAAACAUUGAAUAACUGUUAUAUAGAAGUUAUUCCACCGAUGAACAUAUCUCAAGAGCAAGCAAGUAAUCGAGAGAAUCACAAAUAAAUAUGUGUUAGUUAAUGAAUCUGAUAGUUCUUUAAAAAAUGCGAAAACCACAGAAAGCCUAUUGUAAAAGAAACACAUCUGACACUUUA